UUAAAACAAUUAUGUUGUUGAUGUUUUGAAUUGUUAAAUACAUUUCAUAUAAUAAUUAUUGUUCAAGUAAUACUUUUUUUUAUUUAUGGACUCAACCAAUAAAAGCGAAACAUUUAAACAUCAUCAUAAUGAUGCCAAUCAAUCAAUUCGGCGACCAAAAUCUCUGGAAACUCAUCCUCCAAUAGUUGCUACUAUUGUCGCGAAAGCAGUCACUGUUAGUAAGCUUGAAAAUAAUGAAUUAACUGCAGUUGGUAAAUAUGGAUUUGCAUUGGCUGGAGAUGUGAAGUUAAAUUACUAUCAACUCUUACUUUAUGGUAGUAAAAGUUCAAUUCUCGUCAAUCUUGUGUUAACUAAAGAUUUCAAGUACAAUGUAAAUGAAAACAAUACAGUUGAAUUCCUAUCCAAAGAGAACUGGCAUUUACAAUUUUCAAAUACAAAUGACGCUGUGGACUUCAAUUCACACUUGGCAUUUGUUCUGUGGAAACUUAAUGGGUUUAAGGAACUGUUUUGGUUUGAUCUGUAUUAUCCAUCUCGAAAUGACAAUGUAGCAAUGUUUGGUAGUGUUGUGGAAAUAAUUUAUGUUGCGAGUACAGUUCAGGGUAAUACAAUUGGACCAGAAGUUUCUAAUAACAUCGAAGAUAGUCAAUACUUAAAAGUUAAUGUUAAUCAAGAAGGCUGGGAAAGGUCUUUAUUAGGGGUUAAUGACAGCACUCAAAGAAUUAUAUACAUACCAUAUGCUGAAAUGGGUGCUUGGAAAAUUUUGACUAAUGGCAAACAAUGUUUAUGUUUAACUGUAACUGUCAAGAAUGUUUAUGAAAUCAAAGAAAAUGAUAUAAAUGAUUUUCUGGAAAUUGUAAGUCAAGAACCAUUAAAUACAGCUCCUAAAAAUGACUCUUUGAUACAAGUAAAAGAAAUUGUUGAGAAUAACCAAACUGAUCAAAUUGCUGCAUCAUUAAAAACAGUUUGUAUUGAAUCUCUAUAUGAAGAAUUUGAAAAAUUUAAAUUAGAUAGUAUAAAAACCAAUGAGAGAUUAAAAAAAUUAGAAGCAUUAGUUAUAGAAAAGCCAAAUAAAAUAGAAAAUUCAAGCGAGUUAAAAAAGUCAAUGAAAACAUUGUAUAAGAGUAUAAUACGUGAGUUUCCUGUUGAUCAAACAUUUUCUGGAAGUCAAAUUCAAACAAUAAUACAAAACAUUUUUCAUAAUACAUUAAUAUCCUCCAGUCAGUCUCAUUCCAAAAAUGACUAAUGUCAAGUCAAUUUUAAUUAUAUUGUUAUGCUAUGCCGCUUGCACAGUAAUUUAAAUAUAAAUAUGUUCUAAUUUUUAUAAUUAUUUUUAUUUACUCUAUACUUCAGUAUUGUUACUGUGAUUCUGAAUA